AUGGCUAUGAAUAUCGAUAUGUCGCAGGCUUCGGUCGUAAAAGAUGAGCAAGGCAGACCGUUCAUUGUCGUCAGAGAUCAAGGAAAGAAGAAGAGAGUACACGGCACCGAAGCUGUCAAGUCACAUAUCAUCGCCGCGAGAACAGUAGCAAAUAUCGUGAAGACCUCACUCGGCCCCCGCGGACUGGACAAGAUCUUGAUUUCGCCCGAUGGAGAUAUCACAGUUACCAACGAUGGUGCCACCAUCCUGAGCCAAAUGGAGAUCCAGAACCACGUAGCGAAGCUGCUAGUUGAGCUCUCGAAGUCCCAAGAUGACGAGAUUGGAGACGGUACAACCGGUGUGGUGGUGCUGGCAGGCGCGUUGUUAGAGCAGGCUGCAGAACUCAUUGACAAAGGAAUCCACCCCAUUCGGAUAGCAGAUGGGUACGACCAGGCCUGUGAUAUUGCUGUUGCGGAGCUAGACCGGAUCGCCGACGCCAUCGAGUUCACUAAGACACACAAGGAGAACCUGUUCAAGGUUGCGAGAACGAGUCUGGGAAGCAAGAUUGUGUCCAAGGCGCACGACCAGUUUGCUACCAUUGCUGUAGACGCCAUCCUGUCAGUUGCGGAUCUGGAGCGCAAGGAUGUGGAUUUUGAUCUGAUCAAGGUUGAUGGCAAGGUUGGAGGAUCGCUGGAGGAUUCGCUGUUGGUUCAGGGUGUUAUUGUCGACAAGGACUUCUCCCACCCGCAGAUGCCUUCUGAGGUUCGCGAUGCCAAGAUUGCGAUCUUGACGUGUGCGUUCGAGCCCCCGAAGCCCAAGACGAAGCACAAGUUGGAUAUCACGAGUGUGGAGGAGUUCAAGAAGUUGCAGACAUACGAGAAGGACAAGUUUGCGGAGAUGAUUCAGCAGAUCAAGGAUACUGGUGCCAAUUUGGUUAUCUGCCAAUGGGGCUUUGAUGACGAGGCAAAUCACUUGCUGUUACAGAAUGACUUGCCCGCCGUAAGAUGGGUUGGAGGUCCGGAAAUCGAAUUGAUUGCUAUUGCCACAAAUGGUAGAAUAGUGCCAAGGUUCGAAGACCUGGCCGCUGCGAAGCUUGGACAAGCGGGUAUUGUACGAGAGAUGAGCUUUGGUACGACGAGAGAGAAGAUGUUGGUAAUUGAGGAGUGUGCAAACACCAGAGCCGUCACCGUCUUCGUCCGAGGAAGCAACAAGAUGAUCAUCGAUGAAGCCAAGCGCUCCCUCCACGAUGCCCUCUGCGUAGUACGUAACCUAGUUCGUGACAACCGUGUCGUCUAUGGAGGUGGCGCCGCCGAAAUCGCCUGCUCCCUUGCCGUCGAAGACGCAGCCGUCAAGUCUCCGGGCCUCGAGCAGUACGCCAUGCGCGCCUUCGCCGACGCUCUCGACGCGAUCCCCAUGGCCCUCGCCGAGAACUCGGGUCUCUCCCCCAUUGAGACCCUUGCCAGCAUCAAGAGUCGCCAGGUCACGGAGAAGAAUAGCAGGUUGGGCGUUGACUGCAUGCAGACUGGCAGCAACGAUAUGCGGGAUGCGUUUGUGAUUGACCCGCUGAUUGGGAAGAGACAGCAGUUGAUGCUGGCUACGCAGCUGUGCCGCAUGGUGCUGAAGGUCAAUAACGUUAUUAUUGCGGGCAGUGACGAGAAUGAGUUCUAG